GAAGUCUCAUUCCACAGCGCGGCGGUGCACGGGCGCGAGAUGUAGCAGCGAGUCUCGCGACACGAAUCUGCGCCAGUGGUCAGCAUGUGGAGGAGGCUGGUGUGGCUGCUGCUGACGGUGGCCGGCGCCGCGUCGGCCGCCAUCAACAAAUGCUGUCCGGCCGGACAGCAGCUGCACCCGGACCUGAAGAGCUGCAUCGCGUCGGACGCGCCGGCCGACUUCUUCCAGAGCCACAUUCUGCUGUUUGGCAACGAGACCGGCGGCCAGUUCAACAUGCCCUGUCCGACCGACGAGUCGGACGCGCUCGUCUUCAACAGCGAAGACAUGAACUUCCGGCUGGACGCCGACACCCUCGACCUGCUGCCGUCCGUGGUCAAGGGCGCCGACAGGUUCGCCGUCGACGCCUACUGCAUCGACAAAGUCAGCGCCGUCAACAACGACACGCUCUGGAUCGCCUUCACCUGUCCCUGCGUCGCCGGCGUCUGCGUCCGGACCUGCUGCGGACGCGGAAAGGUCAUCCGCAAAGCCAGCGCCCACCAUGAUUCUGCAUUGUUUUGCGACAGCGUCACUGACGACGAAUGGAGGCACUGGAGCCCAUUAGACUCUGCCGAGUCCAACAACAACGGCUAUUAUCCUUUGGAAGCGGUGCCUAAGUGCAUGGGGGAUGAGCGUCUCACAAAACUCCCGAUCCUUUCACUUACCAUCGCCUCAGACGGAAACGUUUCGAUCGAGACUGAGGAGUCUUACGAAAUCCUUCAGAUGGACUCGCGGUCUUGUCUGGGACUGUACGAGGUGCAGAAUGACAGCGACUCUAGUUCGACAUACCUGACCCGCUUGUUGCUUGAGUGCCUUGAGGACGGGCACACGCCGCUCAAACUAUCGCGCGUCAUCAUCUACACGAUCUUAUUCCUGAUCGGCGCCGUCUUCCUGCUCGCCACCAUCGUCGUGCACCUCGCCCUGCCCGUGCUAACCAAGGGGGUGCGCGGCAAGGGCCUCGUGGCCCACUGCGCCUCCAUGUUCGUAGCCCACAUCGCCCUCAUCGUCGUCCAACUCGAGGGCAGCACCUUGUCCGACGGGCCGUGCCACUUCAUGGCGUAUCUGAUCCAGUUCACUCUGCUGGCAGGAUUCUUCUGGCUCAACGUAAUGUGCUUCGACAUCUCAAUGACUUUCAGAUCUCUGCAGAGCAUGGUGCCCCGUGGGAUGCUGUCAGAGCGAAAGCAAUUCGCUUGGUACACCGUCUACGCUGUCGGCGGGCCGUUCAUCAUUUUUGUGGUCACCAUCUCGCUGAAUCACGCCUACAGAGGGUCGCCCGAUCCUGACGCCAACUUUUGGCUGGCCGACCCGCAAAUAGGCAUCAGUACGUGCUGGUUUGAUGCAGAACGAAACGGAAUUUUGGUUUUCUUCUACGGGCCGAUCGGCAUCCUGCUGCUGAUCAACCUGACACUGUUCCUGUUCACCACGUACAAGAUCUGCAAGUUGUCGCGCGCCGCCAACAUGAUCAACCAGAACGACAACAGUCAGCGCCACAACUCGGAGCACAAAAGAACCCUGUCUCAAAAACAAAGGUUCAUACUCUUCUUGAAACUGUUUGGCCUGAUGGGCAUCCCCUGGGUAUUCGAGAUCAUCUCCUGGAAGGUCAAGGGAGCUGACGAGUACUGGUACUUCACAGAUGCCAUCAACAUCCUCCGCUCUGUCUUCAUCUUCACUACUUUCUGCUGCAAGCGAAAGGUUUGGCGCCUGCUGUGUGAAAAGUAUCCCAAGAUCAAAGAGCUCGCCUUGAUGAUGGGACGGCAGCCGGCGAGCAACACUGCCACAGAGUCAAGCAGAUCGAAUCCAAAUGAAAGUUACGCUGAGACAAUGAAUGGAGUGUCGAUGGAGACCCUGGCUGUGGACCUGCAGCCAGCUCCUCGCCGCAGCGUCCACCAGUGACAAUGUGCAUUUAGAACUCCAAUGACUCUCAUAUAUCGUAAUCAAAAUUAACCGUAUUUUGUUUAGUUAAGUGCGUAAAUAAAAAAUACGAAAUCGAUUUCCUUGGCUUGAA